UUCACAUCGCCAUACUGCCAGCAGCGCCUAAUUUUAGAAUCCCACCCAAUCGAUCCAGAACAAUUUUUUGCGUUUCAUUUUUCUAGUCUUGCCAGAUUCAAUUCCUUUCUGCUAAUCUCUGGGUAAACCCUACUAAAAUAUUGAUUUUGAAGUAUUAAAUACGAACCACUUUUGAGUUGAGGAGAUUCACAUCUGUUUUGGUUUCCUUACUUGAGAUCCUGCUAACUCAGCAACUUAGCUCUGAAGCAAAUUUGGCUAAUUCCUCUCAUUGGGUUUUCUUUUAUUGGCUUUUUGGAGAUAACCCUUUUCGAGAUUUAUUCUUAGAUCCAAUGGGUUUGCAGGAUUUUUUUGUGGGGUGGUAUUGAUUCUAUUUUCAAAUGUCUGGUUCUGCAUGUUUGUUUUCGGAGAUAGAUCUUGCUGGGGUUUCGAUGUAGCAUGGAUCUUGGAUGGAAAUUUGGGGUACGCAUUUGCGGAAAUUGUUGUUCUGCGUUAAAUUUGUGUGCGCUUGAUGAGACUUGAUUCUCGGUUUAUGAGGAAGUGAGUUUGAUAGUUGGUUUUGCUUAUAGUUGGACUUGAUUUUGGGUUGAAGAAACAUGUUUUGGAGGGAACGUGAGAGGGAGAACAAAGAACAGAAUGGUGGACCGCUUUGUGGGCAGGUUCGAGUUCUUGUUGUUGGUGACUCAGGUGUGGGAAAAACUUCUCUCGUUAAUCUGAUAGUCAAAGGUUCUUCUGUUGCUCGUCCUCCACAAACAAUUGGAUGUACAGUUGCUGUAAAGUACACUACAUAUGGUAGUCCUAGUAGCUCUUCAAGCAGCCUUAAAGGUGAUGCUGAAAGGGACUUCUUUAUUGAGCUCUGGGAUGUGUCAGGGCAUGAGAGAUAUAAAGAUUGCCGGUCUCUCUUCUAUUCGCAGAUAAAUGGUGUUAUUUUUGUUCAUGAUCUAUCUCAGAGGAGAACAAAGACAAGUUUACAAAAGUGGGCUUCUGAGAUUGCAGCAACUGGGACGUUUUCAGCUCCACUAGGUAAUGGUGGACCCAGUGGUCUUCCUGUCCCAUAUAUUGUUAUUGGUAACAAAGCUGAUGUUGCUGCAAAAGAGGGUACACGAAGCAGCAGUGGCAAUCUUGUUGAUGCAGCUCGUCAGUGGGUUGAGAAGCAGGGUUUGCUUCCAUCCAGUGAGGAGAUUCCACUAAGCGAGAGUUUUCCUGGGAAUGGAGGCCUUAUUGCAGUAAGUGUUGUUAUCCUUGUUGACUUGGCUGCCAAGGAAGCAAGAUAUGACAAGGAAGCUGUAAUGAAAUUUUUCCGUAUGCUGAUUAGGAGAAGAUAUUUUUCUGAUGAGUUACCAGCAUCAAAUCCAUGGUCUACUCCUGUUCAGAGGCCUGUAUCUCGCUUAGAUGAAAAUUUGAUUGAUGAAGAUCAGUUCUAUAAGAAUACAAGUUUGCAUGGCAGCGAUCCAUACAAGUACAAUGCGCUCCCUCCCCUUCCAGCACAGCGAAAUCUUACUCCACCUCCCACGCUAUACCCGCAGCAGCCAGUUUCAGUGCCAGAGAAUUAUAGCCCCCCAAGAUUCUCGUUGAGUAGUUCUCAAGAGGUGAACACGACCACCGGAUCGAAGCGUGCAGACAUCAACGUCUAAUCCCUCUUGCAGUAUGAUUUCUGGUAAAGAACUUCUGUUGGGAAAGACGGUAUUAUUCCAUUUAUCAUGAUUCUUUUUCUUAUUCUCAUAUUGAUUGUAAAACCCGUUCCAUUCUUUACAAGGAUAACAAUAUUGUAUUUUUUUUUAUUUAUUUAAGAAUGUUAACUUUAUUAGUUUUCAAAUAAAAUAUUAAUUUUUAA